AUGACAUCCUCCCGACACUUUCACAACGUCGAGCAGUACCUGCUUCCGGCCGAUGCAGACGAGACGCAGCGCCUGAGCCUGCAGCACCGUGUCGUUGUCCGGGCCUUUGGCGGGAAGCUCUGGUCGGGCCCUCCAUCGCUGCAGGCACUGCAAGGCGCCGACGUGCUCGACUCGGGCACGGGCAACGGCAUCUGGCUGAGCGAUCUCGAGCGCAGGCUCGCCGAGGGGGGCGUUGCGCCAGGCCAUCUCAUUGGCGUCGAUCUCAGCGACCGACAAUUUCCAAGCGCCUCGCCGCGCCGCCUCGCCACCCUGCAGGUGGCCGACAUCCUCAACCUGCCUGCCGAGUGGACCGGCCGCUUCUCGCUCGUGCACCAGCGCCUCCUCGUCGCCGGGCUCAGCGGCGCGCAGUGGAAGACGUGCCUGGGCCAGCUCUUGCGCGUGCUCCAGCCAGACACGGGCUGCGUCGAGCUCAUCGAGACGGGCCACUUUGCGCACCCGUACCCCGCAGGCUCGCCCGGUGACGUCCUCAUGCGCGUGCUCCGCCAGACGUUUGCCAAGCGCGGCCUCGUCUUCGAUAUUCUGGCGCGGCUCGGCGACUGGCUCGCCGAGGCCGGCUUUGUCGACGUCGCCGUCACCACCGUGGAGAUUCCCAUGAGCAGACGGCGCGAGGACGGCCACGAGGCGGGCGAGAACUUCUUCCGGGGGCUGUUGGGCCUGCAAGAGGCGGCGGUCCAGAGCGGCGCCAUCGCCAGCCGGCAGGACUACAUCGAACUCAUGGACCGUGUGCGAGCGCAGUGGGACGCCGACGACACCUGCAACACCUUUGCCGCCUUUUCGGCCAGGCGACCCGCCACUUAG